CUACCGCUCACUAAACCCGCUGCCACUUGUCCCCCGUUCUUGGCGCGUCUCGCAACAGCUUCUAGAUAAGAUCUAGUCUGCUUCUCUGGACUGCACCGAAUCACUUAACUUCAACUACAACCUCCAUGUCCUACCCAUCGCUGACAUGUUGCGCCGAUUAGCUUCUGUAAGGCACACCAACGGCCACAGGACCCCCGACGACCAGGAGCCCAUGUCCCCCUCGCCUGGAGAUGAUGUCCCCCACCCGGAGACGACCAAGAGUGCCUCUGGAGCGCUCGCCAGCGUCUUCAAGGGGUUGGCUGGCGGAAAGCUAACCAAGCCACCGCCCCCUCUACAACCGCCCAUGGCCACCGUGACGACUGUUGCUUCUCAGCCCUCUCGCGAUCGCUCCGAUGCCUUGCCCGUCACGUCCGUCUUGCGUGGCCUCCCCCAGCAGCACAUGGAGCACUUUGCGCGGUUGAAGACGGGGCAGUUGAACGACCGCAUCGCUGCAGCAAAUGCUCUUCGCUAUGCGAUUACCGAAUUCCCUUUGAAUCCCAUCAUGGAGGUAUGGAAUGCCGCAAAGGACCUAAUCGAUGGUGACAAUCCAGAGAACGCUCGGGUUGCUGGAUGGAGACUGCUGACCGAGUGCGUCAAAAACACAUCUGCCACGGAUUUCGAACGGAGAGAAUACUUCCGGACUCUGACUGCACAAACCGCCCACCUCGACGACUUCCAUCUGCAGCUGGAAGCAUUAGAAUAUCUCACCAACCGCGGCCGAAACGUCGCAGGCUUCUACUACGACAUUUUCCCCUUGUUGACUGUGUGGCUUGCCAAUACCUUCGAUGCUGCCAGACUUGCCAGGAGGGCCAACAAAUCGGCCAAGGGAAAGACGCUAGUGACAGUCGAGGACCAAAGUUUCUCGCGCUUAUUCGCCCUCAUCAGAGAUGUCAUCAAGUUCAACUUCAAGUACGCUUCGGAUGCUGUCGUUGGUCGAUUGAUGGACAACCUGCUAGAAAUAUGUAACAAGACAAGUCAAGAGGAUGAUCUGGCGGCUUGCAUCAGCGUCAUUGAUGCCAUGGUCACCUUUGGCUCGAUCCCCAAUGGGAAACUGAAAGAUUGCAUUCAGGUCCUGAGCUCCAUCCAUUGCUUGGUUCCCAGCCGGCAAAAGGAUGCGUGGCAUACGCUCUCCAAUAUUUGCAGGUCGCAUCACGGUCAAUCCACCGUAAGGAUUCUGUUGGACGUAUUACGCAAUGCUCCGGCUGCUCCUGACAAAGAAAGGGAUAGGGACGUGAUUCGGGAUAUCAGGGGUGCGCUUACGGUCUUGAAGAAGCUCCUUGGAAAAUCCGCCGAAAAAGGCUAUCCAGGUGUUCCAUUGGCGCUGCUAGUUGACGGACUGGCCAACGUCUGCACGAGCAGUUCCUCUAGGGUCUCCACUGAAAUCCUGAGGCUGGUCAACUCUCUGUUCGACGAUGGCGACGGAAUCAUCAAUCCUCUCAUCGCCGAAGAGCACUGGUCACCAAUCUUUUCCGUGGCUGCUCAGUGUGCCGCUAAGAGCGUCCCGGCAGUCCUGAAAGAUGUUGAUCCGUCGAUUCCGCAACCAUCCGCUCCGAAAGACGAUCAUGAGAGUGGGGAUAAUAUCAACUAUCAGCUCAGAACCUUCAUCAAUCGCGUCGAAAAGCUGCUGACAGAAGAGAAACCCGAUUUCUUCCAGCGGGACGAGUGCAUGAGAUUUCUUGCCGAGGUGCACCGUGUCCUACCGGAUUCUGCUGCGGCACUUUUGCUUGAUCAUCUUAAAGAAUUUCGCAGCUGUUAUCCAUCCGAAGUCGACUGGAAGAAGAACCUUGAGCUUGUCUUGGAAGGCAUCUAUCUUGAUCGGGGUCGCUCUGCGCCUACUCGCAUACAGGCUCUUGCGAUGGUCAUCGAAAUAUACGAUUUCCUCUGCCUUGUACGGGAUCUUGUAGAAGAGGAGAGUAUCUUUGAUCUCGUCAAGCGAGUACUAUCCGGCAUGUCCGUGGAGACCGACGCAGUUGUCCUACAGGAAACUGUCACGUUUAUGGUAAGGGUCGCCGAGACAGCUGGAGCAGAGCAGUUCGACUUCAUCUUGGACACUUUCAAAAAUAUAGUCUGCAAAGAGGUAGAUGAGCCAACCCCCUCUACAGCGGUCCAAAAGUCUAGCGGUACGCAACAGAUCUCCGAUCAGCCCGUCGAGGUUGGCGGUCCAUCUUUACCCAACGUCGUGACGAAAGGGUACGUCCGGAUAUUCAUGAGAUCAAUGGAUGUUGAUGCAUCGAAAGCGGUCAAAACGUUCAAUACCCUCAUCCAUAUCGCAGGCUCAACCACCUGUGAAACGGAUGCUCGCUUAACGGCGAUGAAGCUCUUGUUUCGCCUCAGAGCGGAUUUUGAGUAUCGCGUUUACGUCACUCCUCAUGUCGAAAAUGAAAGCAUUGCUGCUAGUCUUUACAGAACCGAUGCGUCGUUUGCGCGUAAGGCAGCCGAAGACGCAGCUCAUCCACCCCGUCUUGGAAGGCUAGAUCAAACCGGGUCCCCUCGACCACCGAUUCGGGGUGCAUCAUAUAUGCCGGGACAGACAGUGGAGAGGUCCGGGCCUAUCAGACCUUUGCAGCAGCCUAGGCAAAUACCAUACCAAGGACAGCGAUUAUGGUCCCUGCCCGAUCCAGAGGCCUUACCAGAGACUCCUCGGAGUACGCCAAGCCAUCUCCUCUUUUCGUAUACCGAGGGCGCGGAUGGUGAGGCAUCCACGGAAGCCUCGAACGCGGUUUUGAAGAUGAGCUCUUGGUUGAAUACUCUGCUCAACAUCUUCCAUCAGGGAUCCGAUUGGGAGAUUUAUAGCUUUAUCAUUGCGCAUUUACCGGCACAGCUCAGUGAUCACCCAAUAUUCCAGGACGCCAUCCCACAGUUGCAAGAACUUCGAGGACACAUCUGCGAGGUAAUCCGGACCAACCGUUUUCAAGAGCCACCACUUGUGUCAGGUCUACGACGUCCAGAUGUCGCCAACUGCCUGUUCCACUCGCUCACCAUGCUCGUCAGCUACCAUCAACACUUCCAGAAGCUUGAUGAGGAUGAAAUCGUGAGAGCCUUCCUGCAUGGCAUUGCCGACAAGACGGCAAAGACUUGUAUACACGGCUUAUCGAUCUGCUGUUACGAGCUACCCUUAUCCGUGAGCAAAUCACUUGACAUGAUUCUCACAAGAAUGUCACAAGUCAUCACCCAACCUUUUGUGGCGAUGCAUUUGCUCGAAUUUCUGGCUUGUCUCAGUCGCUUGCCUGCUCUUUAUUCAAACUUCCGAGACGAAGACUACCGCGUCGUCUUUGGCAUUUGCUUUCGGUAUCUUCAAUAUGUCCGGGACAAGAAGCACCACGCUCGUAGCACGACGCACAUGAGCGAGCCUUCAACGCCCAACAUCGUUGUAUCCGGUAGUCCGGACUUUCUUGCCCAGCAGGCCAUUACGGAUGAUCUUCCCCAAUACGUGUACGCGCUUGCGUAUCAUGUCAUCACGUUCUGGUUCUUGGCAGUCAAGAUGCCCGAUCGUCUUGGCCAUAUAAGCUGGAUUGCCAAAAACUUGUUUACCGAUGUUGAUGGUAGCGCCAGUAACGAGGAGCAAGCACAGAUUACUCUCGAUUUCAUGCAGCGUGUGGCAUUCUCGGAUGCAAGCGAUUCGGCGCAUGAUCCUUUGUUCAACAGGGAGAACUUUGGUGAGAUUCAACAAAAACGAUGGAUUAUUGGAAACAGCAUCGUCACGGUCAAACAAGCCAAGGAGUCGGGCUGGGCUGAGAUCACAAGGCGCUACCCUUCAGGAACAUCGUCCUACGCAGUUCGUGUUGAGUUCACACCGAUGACGGCUCAGCGCGCUGCAGAUAGCUCGGACGAUGCAGCCUGGGAUGGACGUUUCCAAAUGGGUACAACUCUGCUCCCCAGCCAUGUCUUCCUGCAGCUCUUGGCUCCGAUGCCGCAGAUGUCUGACCCAGCAGCACGUCCAGUUCCCUUGCCGGACGAAGAAGCAAUCGAUCGGGCCAUUCGUCUGUUUGACAGAAACUCGGCCGUCGAUGGACACAAGGUUGGAGUGAUCUACAUCGGUGAAGGGCAGACGGAUGAAGUUGAGAUACUAGCCAAUACUAUCGGCGGACCUGACUACCACGAAUUCCUCGAUGGCCUUGGCGUCUUGACGCGGCUUAAGGGGGCGAACUUCAACACCCAGGGACUGGACCGGGAAUACGGCACGGACGGCGAAUACACGUAUUGCUGGCGUGACAGAGUGUCGGAGAUCAUAUUCCAUGUGAUCACGCAGAUGCCUACAGACCUGGAACGCGACCCCCGGUGCACGGCCAAGAAGCGGCACAUAGGGAACGACUUUGUGAACAUCGUUUUUAACGAUUCUGGGUUGCCAUUCAAGUUCGACACCUUCCCUUCUCAGUUCAACUACGUGUACAUCGUGAUCACGCCGACUCCACGUCACUCGUUUGCUUCGGCAAGACUGAUGGCAAAGCAGCGAGAGGAGGAGGGCAGGAAGGCCUCUACGCCCUUCUACGUGGUGCAGGUCAUGAGCCAGCCAGGCUUCCCGGAGAUCUCGCCGGCCGCCGAGCCCAAGGUGGUCAGUCUCACGGCGCUUCCAACAUUUGUUCGCCUGCUCGCACUCAACGCCUCGGUCUUUUCGCAAAUCUGGGCCACCAGGGAGGUUGGUGAACACGUUUCAUCUUGGCGCAACCGACUGCGAGAGAUCAACCGACUGCGCGAGCGCUAUGGUACAAAGUCAGCUCAGCAGCAGCCAAACUCGUCUCCGCCGCCUAACAUGCUUGGCGGAGGCGGCGGCGGACUGGGUUUGUCUGUGACUUCCCCUCUGGCUUCCGGUGGUCAAGGUGGCAUAACGCAACAGUCAUUGCUCGGACAGGAUAUCGGGGCAUCGAGACCGGUAAACGCCGUGAGGGACAGCUUUACGAGCUUGCGCAGGUCUAGUGUGGCUACGUUCUUUACGAAUAAUAGCGCGGCGGACCCGACGUCGCACCGGUCUUCGAUGCUGUCGACUACCACGCCGGAUACGGAGGUUAUGUUCCCAGCUCAUGGAGCGGACGCACUUAUUGAGUCGGUUGAUUUCUCUAAGUGGACUUAAAUAAUAUGAUUCUGGCUGGACGCGGAGAAUUGGAGGGACGCAUU